CGAGCCUUCAAUGAGGGUGAUAGCCUCUCCCUUCCUGGAGCCUCCUCUUCCCGCGAAAAAUCAUGACGCUUCAAGCUCGAAAGAUGUAGCACAUGAGCAUGUGCCUAGUCCGCAACCAAUGAUUUACCUCUUAUCCGCCAGUUCCGAGUAGUUCGCCGGAAUCCCGACGCUGCUGCCAUGGAGCCUGCUGUUCUGCGUCCGAUCUGGAUAGACAGAGAAGCGGCGGAUUUGAACCCAACUGUGCCCACACUUCGGAACCAAUGUGGGAGUUAUCCCGACCUGCCCCGGGAGAGCCUGAGUUCUAUGGUUAUCCGACGCCCAAGGCGGUUACGCCGCCGCCUCCUCCCCCUCCUCCACCUCCUAUGAUACCUCCCCCGGACCUCUUUGCUCCCCGUCUCGAUAAUUCAGUGAACCAAAGUGAGGAAGUCUCGAGUCCUGCGGACUUUAUCCAGACCCACUACGCAGGCGAAUCUCUUAUAGACACCGCACGAGUGGUCAGAAUCGCACCAUUCAGACGUAAUGUCUUCAUUACGCUCCACAGUGCCCAGGUUGCAGACUUUGAAGAGUUCAGGUGGAUCGUCCAACAUGGGGACACUGAGGUGUGGUAUGAGAAGCCUAGAAGAUCGUUUCUGAGACAGAUGGCCACACUCGAGUCUUCCGGAUGCGAGCCUGAACCACUGCCUGCUCUCGAGAACGCUCGACCCGUCAGCCUGGAGACCCCCAGAGUAUGGGCUUCUGCUGCCCUAACGACGCCUAUCGAUGACGACAUCUAUGACUGCUCCGCGGGACAUGCCAACGAGGAGGACUUCUCGGGCGCGUGCCCUCAGUGUACCGAUGAGAAGUCCGAAGCACUAGACGCUACUCCGCUAGUGUACUACGUUGUCUUGUCUACGUGUCAAGCUAGCGACCCCUUUAUUCACGGCGCACAUUUCAACGGAAGACAGAUCUACAAGCUUGUCAAGUGCGGCAGUCGAGAGGCUGCAGCUGCAGAAGCUUUCUAUUCUUCCGGCAUCAAUGGGUGGAGCGUGGCGUUCUCAUGCGCUAUGAGAGGUGGUGAGACGUUUGAGGAGAGACCGGGAAAGGCCAAGAGGGUGGAAGAUCUGUGGAUGCUUGCCGAUGAUGAAGAGGAGGAGGACGUUGUCAGGGUGUUCUACUGAGGCACCAGAACGAAGCGUCAUUAUGGGCGAGGGCUUUAGCUUCAAGCGUGCGUUCAGAACGACCUCAAAUUGC